AUGGCAUUUUGGGCAACAGUGAAUAGUAAAAAUCCCACACCACCGAAAAUCACCCCCGUCUUGAAUCCGAAUCAGCGUCAAUUUCUGCAGGAUGAAAUUACCUAUCAAAAUAAAAUUAAUUUUCUUGCGGAAAAUGUGGGAGCAAAUCUCACGGAUUUUUAUGUACGCAAGGAAGAGGUUAUCGACGACCCGGAACUAUUGGAUAAACACGACUCCUUCUAUCAUAACACCAAAAGCCUGUUGGUUCUCUUUCAAAUUAUGGGUGUUAUGCCGCUACAUCGUAAUCCCCCAAUACGGGGAAUACCUCGCACAGGCUACUCGUGGAAAUCGAAGCAAUUCUUUUGGGCCCUUUUUGUGUAUAUUAUACAGACAAGUGUGGUCGUGAUGGUGUUACGGGAGAGAGUCAUCCACUUCAAGGAGGGUCCUGACAAACGUUUCGAUCAGGCCAUUUAUAAUGUCAUCUUCAUUAGUUUGUUAUUCACCAAUUUCCUGCUACCCGUGGCCAGUUGGAGACAUGGCCCUCAAGUGGCGAUUUUCAAAAAUAUGUGGACCAAUUAUCAAUUUAAAUUUUAUAAAGUCACGGGAUCGCCAAUUGUGUUUCCUAAUUUAUAUCCCCUCACCUGGGGUCUGUGCAUUUUUUCAUGGGUUUUGAGUAUUCUGAUAAAUUUGUCACAAUAUUUUCUUCAACCGGAUUUUAAAUUUUGGUAUACUUUUGCCUAUUAUCCGCUGAUUGCUAUGCUGAAUUGUUUUUGUAGUUUGUGGUAUAUAAAUUGUACGGCCUUUGGCAUUGCCAGCAAGGCCUUGUCGGAGAAUUUACGCAAGACUCUGAGAGGAGAUAAGCCGGCAGAAAAAUUAAGUGAAUACAGAUAUUUGUGGGUGGAUCUCAGUCACAUGAUGCAGCAAUUGGGUCGAGCCUAUUCCAAUAUGUACGGCAUGUAUUGUCUGGUGGUCUUCUUCACCACCAUCAUUGCCACCUAUGGUUCGUUUAGUGAGAUCCUGGAUCAUGGUGCCACCUAUAAGGAGGUCGGGCUCUUUGUCAUCGUUUUCUAUUGCAUGGGCCUGUUGUAUAUCAUCUGUAAUGAGGCUCAUCAUGCUUCACAAAAAGUCGGUUUUGAUUUUCAAACUCAGCUGCUGAAUGUCAAUUUGACAGCUGUCGAUACAGCCACCCAACGUGAGGUGGAAAUGUUUUUGGUUGCCAUUGCAAAAAAUCCACCCACAAUGAAUUUGGAUGGUUAUGCGACGAUUAAUAGGGAGUUAAUAACAUCGAAUGUCUCCGUAAUGGCCACAUAUUUGGUGGUCCUGCUGCAAUUCAAAAUCACCGAACAAAGGGGACUUCGUUCACAGCAGACCACAGCCAUAUCGUAA